UUCAGGCAGAUCACAUUUUUCCAGAUCCGUAGGGUAAAUAAUUCAAAUGAAUGCAAAAAGAGUAAUUAUGAGCUUUCCUGUGUGAACACACAGGAUUGUCACCUUGGUCUGUAGUUUAACAUUCUCCUCGGCAUAUUAGGCGGACACUUUAAUUCCAGGUGCCUCGGCCAUCCGGUGCAACGUUCCCUGCAAGAGGACAGAGGCAGCUUCCAUCAUGGAGAAUUUUCAGAAUUCUGGAAUCACCACAGGGAUGGAGCCGACACCCAGGGGGGCUUAUAACGUGGCACUGAUCUUGGAGAGCACCGGCUGGUUCCCCUGGGCGGAGGAGGGCCUCAGGAUACGGCCACUCGGCGUGCUCAUGGCUGUCCUCUACCUGCUGGUGUGCGUACUGGGCUUGGCGGGGAACGGGCUGGUGAUGGUGGCCAUCCUGAAGCUGGACCACAUGAGCACGGCCACUACGGUCUACAUCUUUAACCUGGCUCUGGCCGACGGGCUCUUCAUGGUGGGCCUGCCCUUCGUCUCCUUCCAGUACCUCCAGGACCGCUGGCCCUUUGGGGACCUGGCGUGCCGCCUGCUGGUCCUCCUCGAUGGCAUCAACCAGUUCACCAGUGUCUUCUGCCUGACCGUCAUGAGCGUCGACCGCUGCCUGGCCGCCGCUGACCCGGUCCGCUUCGGCCCGUGGCGCCAUCCCAGGCGGGCCAAGGUGAUCAGCCUGCUACUGUGGCCCCUGUCCCUGCUGCCGGUACUCCCCAUGGCUCUCCGCUUCUCGGCCGAGGGUGGACAGUGUGGCCCGGACCCCCACGAGACCCCCGGGUCCUGGUGGCUGGUCUUCAUCACCUGCGCCUUCGUCCUGGGCUUCGCGCUGCCCUUCAGUAUCAUUGCGGUGUCGUACAUGGUGUUGGCACUCGCUCUGAAGGCCCAUGGGGCCCCGGGCCCGGGUGGGCGGCCUCCUGAGAGGCAGGCCACCCGGAUGGUGGCGUCGGUGGCAGUAGUGUUCGCCAUCUGCUGGCUUCCCUUCUACGCUGUCAACUUCUACACCCUGCAGCACAGCGACACCGGACUGGCCUUCGAUGGCAUCUUCCGCGCUGCCGUGCUGCUGUCCUACGCGUGGAGCUGCACCAACCCCGUCCUGUACGCCUGCUUCUCCGACACCUUCAGGAGGCAUUUCUGCACCCUGCUAUGCCGCACCGGGGAACCGUCGACUUGUGACGCCAACACUGAAGCCUUCGACCUGUGCGAUGAUGCCAGACUGGCCCAGCUCAGUCCCGUGUAG